UUGUGGUUGGUGCUAUUUAGAAAAGUUACCCUAAAAUGCAGGCGAGGUCACAACACUCUAAACAGGAAGCUUCCCCACUGCUGCUGAUCUCAUUGAAUCGUAGCCAGAAUAACCCUCUCUUUACAACAAACAGAGGAGCAACCUCUGGCAGUGUAAUCAGCAGGCUGCUACCGCUGCAUUAAAGCAGGAUCAGAUUGCAUUUUUCCCAUUGUAUCUCCCCCACUCCCAAGUCCUAUCUUCAACAAGAAUUGAUAGCGGAGAAGCAAGCUCAACACGCUUCAGGAAUUCGCCAAUUCUCUUUCAAAAACUGCGUACAGGAAUUCGGUUGAAAGCUGAAAGAAAUGAAGAGAGACUGUUCCUUAGUUACUACCUUACUCCUGUUGUUGGGCUGUGUCCCAUGGCAUGUGACUGCAGACUCAAAAAAUGGAGAAGAAGACCAGGACAUCCCAGGUGCUGCUUUACCACCACUGAAGCUAGGAAAUUCAAUCUGUGCUUUUAAGGCAGAUGGCGGUGAGUGUAAAGCAAUAUAUACAAGGUAUUACUUCAACAUUCAAACCCGCCAAUGUGAGAUGUUUGAAUACGGUGGAUGCCAUGGCAAUGAGAACAACUUCAUAACACUAGAAGAAUGCCAGGAGAUGUGCGUGGUAUCAGAAUUCCCGGUGAAGAAAACCCGUAGAAGAUUUGGAAAAGAAAAGCCCAACUUCUGUUUUAUGGAGCAAGACCCUGGAAUCUGUCGAGGCUAUUUUUCCAGAUAUUUCUAUAACAAGGAGUCACAGCAGUGUGAAAAGUUCAUGUAUGGUGGAUGCCUGGGAAAUCAGAACAACUUUAAGGCCUUGGAAGAAUGCCAGAUUGCCUGCCAGGACAAUUCAAAUUCACUGCAAUUAGACCACUAUGAAGAACACCCCAUCAUGAUGAACAAUAGCUCUCCUGUUGCAAAGCCCGAACCAGCUCCUCUCCCUUCUCUCUGCAUGACUCCUGCGGAUCGAGGCCUUUGCAAAGCCAAUGAGAAAAGAUUCUUCUAUGAUCACUCAACUAGAAGAUGCCAUCCAUUUAGCUACAGUGGGUGCGGUGGGAAUGAAAAUAAUUUCAACUCCAAAAACUCUUGUCUGAGGACCUGUAAGAAAGAUUUCAGUAAAAAACAAGGACGAAGAGGUUUAUUGAAAAUCAAGCGAAAAAGAAAGAAACAGCCAGUGAAGCUGACGGAAGAUGAAAUCAUCAUUGAAAGGAUAUAACUUCUGCUGUUUUAAAAGAGAAAUGUGAACUACUCCAUUAUCUUUCAUCUGUGAAUGAAAGCAUUAAUGACAGCAUUUUUAAACUCCUUACUGUACCAAUCAUUUGAUUAUACAUUAUUGGACGGCUUAUCUAUUUUGUUUUGUAUUCCUCUUUCGUUUUUCUCUGAUAAACUUAGUUAAAAAUGCAGUUUGGCAAUGUACACUCACCAAUAGAGCUGAAGUAGAACAAAACAGACUGUGGGUGUAUAUCUGAGCCACAAUGAUUCAAAGAUCAGGCUGGCUUCACCUAGUCUGUUUUAUUAUCUUGUUUGUCUCCCUCUAGAAACUUUCUUCUCAAAAGGACGUACAGUGCUUUUUAUAUAGGAGCAUGAAUAAUUCAUUCCUGAAUACAGAUAGAGGGCUAUUGCUAAAAAGAGAGACUGGGCCUAAUUCUGUUCUCAUUUAUUAUACAUUGUGUAAACUAGGUCUAAACUCUGCUGGAGUCCGUGGAGCCAGACUGCUGUAAAUAGGGUGUAGGAUCAGAGUUAGUCCCACUAAGACCACAAAGAGAAUAUUCAAGUCAUAAACAUGUGGAGAAAUGUCACUGUGGAUAUUCACAAAGCCCAAAGUAUAUCAGGGACACCGAUCUCUACAGUUGAAGUCACCAAGCCUCACCUUGUUGUGGCAAUGGAAACAUGGCUGGCAAGAUAAUAGUUCCCGGUAAAGCAUGUAUAUCUUUGUCUAUUUAAAGACAAAACAAAAAAUUGUAAGUAAGUUGGGCACUUUAAAGAUCUCAUGACGUGUCCUGUCCCUUUGAAAAUAUAAUAGAUGCUGGAUAGGUUUUUGUUUGUUUGUUUGUUUUUUAAAAAGAGCAUUUAUCAUUUGGCAAUAAAGGCUUUGCAUAUAUAAAAAUGAGCUGGUUUUCAGAAUACUUAUCUUAAUUGAUAUGGCCCUACUUCCAUGAUAUGUGAGCCCCUCACACUCAUAAAUAUAUCUUUCCUCACUAUACUGUUGAGCCAUACGAAAUUGCUCUUAUCACUGAUUUACAGACAGGGAACAGAAAGAGAGAGAGAGAGAGAGAGAAACUAAAGGCCAGAUUUUUAAAGAUAUUUUGGUGCCUAAAAAUGUAGAUGGGUACUUUGGAAAAUCCCAUUAGGUGCCUAUCUGCCUUUUUUGGGCACUUAAAUACCUGAUAUGUGACUGACUGUUUCAAGUCACACAGAAAAUUGUUGCAGAAGAAGGAACUGAAGCUAUGUCUGCUAUGUACAUAGCUAGUACCUCAGCCACUGAACCAUCCUUCUGUCUAGUAUGAGUUGUCCGAGUGAUUUCAGAAGCCUAUGCUUUUUGUAUUGUUUGUCCUCUGCUACAUUUUGCGCUACUACUGCUUUGAAAAAUGCUUCUAGGACUGAAAUAUUCACUGGAAAAUAUGAUGCAUUAUUCUUGCUUGUAUCUUUAAUAAAACUCUGUGAGGAGCAAAGAAUCAUAAUGUGAUAACUGCUUGACUGGACCAAAUUGAGCUCUUCUUCACCAGUGUAAAUCCAGAAUAACUCCAAUAACUAGUGAAUAUCAAUAGUGUCAUUUCUCCCCACUUGUAAUUUGUUUUAUGGUCCUAAUGGGUCUGAUUCUGAUCUCACUUACUGCAGUUCAAAGUCUACACUGGGGUAACUGACAGCAUAACUUGCUCCAGCAAUCACAUUAUGACUGCAUUCCUCAGUCCCAGUGAAGCAUGUUAGGAUCUUUGGAUGAAAGAUUCAGUAAAGAUGUUAGUUUUUAUUUUAACGUAUACAGGGAAAAUCAGAUGAAAAUAUGUUAAAUCAGACCUAGAAUGAGAAACAUAUUCAGUAUUAUAUAAGGAAGCUUAGACAUAAACUGUGCAGAUUGUGAACUGCAUUGUAAUGGAGCAGAUAACUUUAUUAGACAUCUGGGCAAGUUAGUAAUGAUAAGUGCAGCUAGAAGGCCUGAUCUUGCACGGUUACGCAGGCUAAACUCCCAUUGAAUUUAACUGUAUGUAUCAGAUCUAUCUUGUCCAAUCACUGUAAUAUAGUGAUAUGCACAAUAGUGGGAAACAGAAUCUUGGUUUUUCAUUUCAUCUGAAAUUGAGCCCCUCCAGCACAUCUCCCUC